AUCCUGUGUGAUCUGGUCGAAAGCUUCAGGAAAAAGAGAGUUAAUGAGCAGACCCUUGAGUUUGGGAGUUGUCUAAAUACUGAAGAAUAAACUGCUUCACUGUUGUUAAAGGAAUAGUUUCUUUAUUUGAUGAUGAAGACCAUGGGACACGGUUGCCAUUAAAAGCGACCGAACAGUUCCCGCUGAGGAGCAGAGGAAGCGUUGGUCAUUGGAAGAAGUGCAAGAGGAAUGCUGAGGAAGGAAAACACCCGGUCAUACCAAGAGUUCAAUGAUGAUGAAGACGAUGACGGUGACACACGGUGUCCAGACUAUUUUGACGACACCACUGAACACAUGGAGCCCGAGGAGCCUAACGACAGCAUCUCACCAGAGGACGACAUCAGGGGAUACAGUCCAUCGAUGAGGUUCAGUAAAGCCUGCCUGAAGAAUGUCUUCACUGUGGUGCUCAUCUUCAUCUACCUGCUGCUGACUGCCGUGGCGGUGUUCCUGGCCUACCAGACCAUCUCUGAGUUUUUGGAGAAAUUCAACCACCCCGUCAUGUCCGUCACCUACAAAGAGGUUGACUCGUUUUCACCCCCGGGUAUCGCCCUGUACCCCGGCAAAGCUCGGCUGCUGAGCUGCAGACAUCACUACCAUGACUACAUCCCACCUCUAGUGGACCCAGGCAAACCUCAGGAAGGAGACUGUGUGAUUGACAACGUGACGUACUUUGGGCCGUUUACCAAUGAAACAGAGAAAAGAGCUCUGGUGGUCCGUGGCCCGUCUGAUGUCCGAAACAAAGAGUUGAUCUUCAUGCAGUUCAGUCAUAAUGAAACAGAAGAGGACUUCAGCGCCAUCACUUAUAUGCUUUUUGCCAAGUUUAGUGACUUCACUGACAGUGCAAAUAAGUCCAAGUUUAUGAGGGACUGCGAGAGGAAUUACUCCAUGUGGACCUUCUCUGGAGGAUUCAGAACCUGGGUCAAGAUGUCUUUAGUGAGGACGUCUGGGAGAAGCAAUGAAGCCGUCGAGUUUCGUCAAGAGUCUGCCGUGGUGAAAUUCAAUGACAAAAGGCCUGAAAUAGAUCGAACCAAUCAGCUCUUCUUUGCUGUCUUUGAAUGGCGGGAUCCUUACAUGCAAGAAAUCAGACUGAUAGUGACUGCAAAUCCCUGGAGCUCCGUAGCCAUUCUCUGUGGGGUCUUCAUGGCUCUCUUCAAGGCUGCUAAUUUUGCCAAACUCACUAUUCAGUGGAUAAUCAAGAUGCGUAAGAGACACCUGAGGAAUAAAGCACGGGAAAUGAACCAAGUAAUUAAUAACUAAGCUGAUGACCCAGUCUGAGAAGCUCCAAAUAAUCCAAGAGUUGAUCUGAGUGUUAUUCUUUAUUCACGAUUGUGUUUUUCACUACUUGCUACUACUUAAUUCCUGGUAUCAAACACUAUUGACUUUUAACACCCAGUAAUAUGUUCUAGCUGAAUAUUACUGCUAGAUUAAUAAUUUCCUAAAAAAAAAGUCAGUUUGACAAGAAGUUUAAAGUUGUUGCAUUUCAAAAGAAGUAGUUUUGUUCAAGCACAAAAGAAAAUGUUGCUGAAAGCUGAGACACUCGGAAUGUUUUUUUAAUGGUUUGAAGCUUUAUAAAGGAGGUUUAAAGGUGUGGAUGGGCUGUUUCAGGUGUAAAAACUGAGAAAAUGUGAAGUUUUGGUCAAAAUGUUGCUGGAUUUUGGAAUUGGUUCUUGUGUGUAUGAUGUUACUCCUAAAAGGGAAAAUAGUGUUUUAUGUUUGUGUCCUACUUUUUUCAAGAAAAUAUCACUCAUAGUCCAAAGACAUUAUAACUAUAUCGCUAACUCUAAACGGGUGACAACGAACUCCCACUCCUCUCUCAGAGUGAUCUGCUGUUUAUUUUUCUAGCUGUUGAGAGGCUGAAAUCUUGAUUUUAACAUAAUGUAAAAACAUUUCCGUGUGUUCGUUGUUGUUCAGAUUUACUUGAAUUAAUGUCUUAAUUGUGUUGUUGUUCAUUAUUGUAUCUCACAUGCUAUGUUUUAAGAAUCGCUGGAAAAUAAAAAUAUAUUUUUAUGCCUGAA